AUGGCCGCUGCCGGGCGUUGCGCUGCGGGACGGGAGCGAGCGGCGGGAGCGAGCAACGAAGUUAGCCGGGACCGAGCGCAGCGCCGGCCGCGCGCACACGGCGGGGGGGAGCAGGGCGCGCUUGGACGGCACCACUUUGUGGCGGCGGGGGGAGACCGAGGGACUUUGGGAGCGGCCGGAUCCCAGCCGAAGAGGCAGGGCUGUCGGUGUGUUUCAGUUCACAGGCUGGUUACCUACAUCUUUGUCUAUGAAGACCUGAUAUCCUUGACCUGUGGUGCCAUUGUCAUCUGGUAUUUUGCUGGCAGCUUUGAGAAGAACGUUGGCACUGUGAAGCACUGCUUCCUCACCAUUGUGUUUGCCAUCCUGACCGGCCUCCUGUACCUCUUACUUGAAACUGUUGUCUCGAGGGUGUCAGAAGUGGAAGAUGCCAAAGGAUUCAUGCCUUUAGCUUUUGCUACACUGAGUGUCUCCACCACCCGCUCGCGAAUGAAGCGGGCUCUCUUCUUUGGAUUUAGAGUUCCAGUGAUGCUGGUGCCGUGGUUUCUGCUCUUUGUGGUGUGGUUUAUCCCCCACUCUUCUCUCCUGAGCAACCUGUGUGGGCUCCUAGUUGGGAAAGCCUAUGGUCUUGGCUACUGUUUCUGCUUGGAUAUUUCAGAGUCCGUGGCCUCUAAGCUGGAUCAGAGGUUUCCUUUCAGUGUGCUAAAGAGAAUACCAGGGCUAAAAUACAUCCCGGGGUCCUCAGCUGAGAGAAGAGCCACUGAGAGCAGCAAGAUUACCCCGCUGCCUGGCACAUAUCCCACUCAAAGCUACUACUGCUCUUCACCUUCGACUCUUCCAGCCUCCCCGAUGCAGCACCCUGGUGUUCAGAGCCAGGGAUUUCAGGACAGCUGCACGCCAGGAUUUGGCCAUGCUUUGGGACACGUGGGACCUCAGCACAGCUAUGCAAGAUGCAGCCUUGUUUCUUCCCCCUACCAAGCCAGAGGUGCCUCUGCUGAGGGCUACAAUCAGUCCCACACUGGAUCCUCGCCUGGACAGUGCUGCCAGACAAGCAAGUUCUCUGUGCCACAGCGCGUGUGUCUGACUGGUCCCCAGUCACCUGUUGGCCUGGACCUCCUGGCUGGGGCUCAGCAAGCAUCAGGGGAUCCAGCAGCCUCAGCAGCUCCUGUUCCAGCUGAAUUUUCCAAAGUUCAGGUGUACUGAUCCUCCAGAAAGCAGCAGGACUUGCAGCAGCAGGGAAGACGAUGUGAUGCUCACGGAGCAGCAAUUGCUGGCACUGUUGCUGUCUCUGAGGUGACUACCUAAAUGGAUUACUUUAAUUCUAUUUCCUUUUAAUUUUGAUACUACUUUUAGCAUUGUGGAGGGAAGGAGACUGGAUUGCCUCUCCACAUUUCUAAUUCUAGUGAAUACCUUUCUCAUUGUAGUGUUUAGCAGCCUUCUUCCUCCACACAAUACCUACAGUUUCAGAGCCUCUGUCCUCCAGUUCAAGGUAAGAUGGAAGCUAAUAGUCAAAACACUGGACUAAUCUGGGAUUGAGCCAUGCUGCAGAGAUAAGGAUACAUCCCGUCUACAUCAAGGCUCUUAGCUUCCUAUCUUGUUUACAUGUGUGAUGUAGUUAGGGCACAGAAGAAGGUGGAAGCAUGGAAGCCUUAGUUUAUAAGUUAACAUCUGAGUGAAGAAGUCUUUCAGUAGUGAUUUCUCCACUGAGGGUACGCAUUGAAGGGGGCUUAUUUAGGCAGGGCUGGGACAAGGAGAACAGAAUGAAGAGCACCUUUUUCUGUCCCCCAAAACCCUCAAAAAACAUCUCUUAAAUACUGAAGUGCAGUCUGUGCACUCAACAACACACUGUUAUUUCUGAUAGCUCCGCACUAGCUCAGCCUUCAUAGCACUAAUAAUCAUUUGAGUUGGAAGGGAUCCUUAAAGAUCAUGCAGUCCAAUUCUCCUGCAAUGAACAGGGUCAUAUACAGGUAGGUCACCCCUGCACUUGUCAACAAGGCAGCCUUGAAUGCAUAAGAAGCAGUGGAAGAGUCUUUAGUAAGGGAUUGUGGCCAUUUGUGCAGCAAAUAUGCAUAAAGCUGAGAGGGACUUUAAAACUGGGUUAUAAGAAUUACCUGGAACGUAGCUUUCCCAUUGGGGAUGUUCACAUUUUUAUCUUUUGUUGUGUCACCCACCAAUAUUGGCAAAAUCACUCUGGGUUUUCUUUAGAGGUGGUGGAAAUGUAUAUGGGAAAGAGGAGUUUUCAGCAUGGGAUUCAGAGCAGAGUGUACCUUUUGGUGGCUGUGGUAGUAGCACAAGUGUUUAUUUUAGGUGGUAGCACUUGGAGAGCCAGAGCUUUAUUUCCCACUUUGUGGUGGCUUUACUGUGCCAUGUCUAGGAGGAAUCUCCUGUUUCUGUGAUUGUGAAUCAAGCAGGAUCUCAGCUACUGCAGUUGAUUCAUUACUUAAAGUUUUCUUCCCUUCCUCCCCCGCCCCCCCCCCCCCAAAAAAAAAAAAGUUAUGUGUAACACAGAGAGACAUUUCUGCCCUUGGAAAUGUUUUGAACAUACCUAGCCUGUCCCCUACAAUAGCCACAGGGCUCUUCCUGUGUAUCAGGGAACCAGGGUUGGAAACAGCAUUGCUGAUGCAUGAGCCAAAGCAUGUGCAUGCCUCUCUUUCACCUUUCCCCCUCUUCAGUGUCUGAAGAAGCCACGUGUUGCUGUACAGCCACUUCUCCAGCAGCUCUUCUGGGAAAACUGCCACAGGUAUGUGUGGCUUCACAGGGACUUGCUUUGGGGGAAGGCCAAGGAGAAGGGAGAGGGCUUGAACCUCAGAUUCACGACAGUAAGAAGCUGCUUGAAAAGACAGAGGUGGGGCAGAGGCUUUCAGAAGGAAGAUGCAAUAAUUUGGGAACAGGCUUGUGGUGGGAUGCCUGGAGUUGGUGACCAGCUCCAUCCCACUCCUGAUUGUUUCACCCCUCCCUGGGUCGACAAAUGGACUUGGUUUCACAGUCUCAUUUUUCCUGAGCUGCUAACAAGAAUUUCAUUGUUAAGUUUUGUGUGCAGCACAAACAGGAUGAGGCUCUUGUUUGGAAGUUAAAAGGAUGUUUUCAAUACCAGGAAAGGACUGCUAGAGAUAAUCAUUGAAAUGUUGAUGUUCCACUCUGGUGCCUUGAUUUUCCUCCUCGUGAGAUCUACAUAAGAUGAGAUCUUGUGAAUUUUAUCACUGUGCAGAAAAUACACUAGAGUGAUAUGAGGGCUGUUUGCAAUGGUAAAUGUUGUGUAUAAUCAAACUGAAAGCUUGAAAUACAAUCUAGAAGACAAACUGCCACAUGUCCUGGUUUGCUGUCAAGUGGGGAGAGCCUCUGGAUGGUAGUCUGAGUCCCAUGGGGACAGCUGGGUGCAGUCUGCAUGAUAGGCUGGGGGCAGAGGACACACGUUGGAGAAGAGUAGCACUGCACAUUGGAAAAUGCUUGCGGGUGUGGAAGCUGGUUAUUUUUAUUUGCUGACUUUUAACAGUUGAUCUGUUUCAACUCUUACCAGUUGCAGAACCAUCAAAAGGAUGGCAUGGCUUCCAGUGAGUAGUUUCAUGGCAUGCAUUAAGUGGUAAGAAGUAAAUGUUGGCUUCUGAGAGUCACUGCUUUGUCACUGCAAGCAGCAAGAACAGCCCUGACUGAUAGGUGAGGGGAGAAGGCAGAGGGUCUCCUUACAGGAAUGAAGGUGGGCUCCUGCCCAUGCAGGAGGCAGCAGGGACCAGCCCUUAACCCCUCUGUGCUGGGUGCAGGUGCCCACUGCAGCUCUGUGGGAGGGACAUCCUAGAAGAAUGGGGGCAAAACCAUGAUUUGAGUUUUUUUUCCUUCUGGCUCCAGCUCUGCUGUCAGCUUCCUGAAGAUCUUGGCAUGUCACUUGGUCUCUGAUCACUGCAACUACCACUGUGACCCUGGGGCUGCUCUGAGUCCAACUGUGCAACUGCCCUGUGCCCACAUGGCACUUGAAAUGUUCAGUGGCCUUCAGACAGACAUUUUGAAUGACACGGAUGAUUUCUAACAGUCUGUUCCCUGCCUUUCCUGAGGGCAGUUGUGACAGUUAAACAUUGUUGUAUAAAUCAGAGGAGGACCUGCUGCUUUUCCAGCAGUGGAGUUCAACCAAGCCCCAGUUCCUUAGGGCUGGCAGUGGGUUCAAAGGGGAAUGGAGAGAGGGACAGGAUGGGAUGUGCAAUUGUGGCUGAAGGCUGAAAGAAGGAAUUGAAACUCGGGAGAGGGACGCAGAAAUCAUCUGUUCAUCCGGCCUUGGCAUGUAUCUGAGCUCACAGCAAUGCUAUGGAUCACAAAUUGCAGUACCAGCUCCCUUCCUUGGAGGGGAGAUAAAGAAUUGAAGUUAUUCUUAAAAAAGAAAGGGGAGAAAAAAUAGUGACAAAAAAAAAAAAUCAAUAAAACUACAGGCUGUCCUAGAGAACA